AUGGCUACAGCUUUGAUGAUGAACUCAAUUAUCUUCCUCAUUUUUGCAUGCUUGUGGACUUGUCAGGAUGCUGCAAGUGACACACUCAAGCCAGGGGACACUUUCAAUUCCUCAAGCUCCUUAGUCUCUGCAUCAGGCAAGUUCAUCCUGCGUUUCGUUGUACAAACUAGUUCGAACACCAGCUAUCUAGCUAUCCUGCGCAAUAAACCAGGAGCAAACAAAGCAUGGAUUGGCAACAGAAACACACCUAUUCCAUACCCUUCCUCCCCACUUCUCACCUUGGACUUGAACAACACAUUGAAAAUUAGUCAAACAGGUCAAGAUUCUAUUCCAAUUUUCUCUGCUCCACAAACUAGCGGUCCCGUUGUGGCUACCCUUUUGGAUUCUGGCAAUCUUAUAGUACAAGAACUGAACUCUGUGGAUGGAUUGACGAAACGGGUUUUGUGGCAAAGUUUUGAUUAUCCAGUAGACACAUUUUUACCCGGUAUGAAAUUAGGUGUUAACCGUAGUAAUGGCCACAUAUGGUCACUUUUAGCGUGGGCAGGUACAUACAACCCAGCUCCAGGACCUUUCACUCUUGAUUGGGAACCCAAUGAGCGCCAGUUGAAAAUCAGGAAAAGUGGGGUGGUUUAUUGGACAAGUGGAGUCUUAAGAUCAGAUGGGAGAUUUGAAUUUAUUUUGCCAAAUGAGUCCAAGCAGAGGUACAAUUUUAGCAUUGUUUCAAAUGAGAGCGAAGAGUGCCUCAAAUACAGUGCUGUAGAUGAUCAAAGUGAACCUGAACCAGAAUUGGUGCUAUACAGCCAGGGGAAACUUCUUGACUAUGGGGGACGAGUUGAUAUUGUACUAGCACUUAACUGUGAUGGCUAUAACACCGAUGGAGGGUGCGUGAAAAGGGGCGAUUGUGUGGCCAGAGUUGGUGAUGACUUUGAGCUCAAAAAUGGUGUCUUUAAACCCAUGAAUUUGAGCUCAAGAUUCCCAUACUGGUUUGAUUCAAAUAUAAGCCACAGUGGUACUAUAAACGCCUGCAAGGCUACUUGUUGGAACAAUUGUACCUGCCUUGGAUUCAACUUUCCAAUAUCAGAUAAUCAGACUACUGGUAGUACAGGAUGUCAAUUUUGGAGUGUAGACAGUGAGUUGGUCGAAGAAAACACUGGAUCGAGUACUGCAACUAGUAGCUUUGUUUUGUCAAGUUUAACAUCGCCACCAAAAUCACCACCUCACAAAAAUACUGGACAAAAGUGGAUAUGGAUUGGCACAUCUUCUACUGGUGCUGCUCUAAUGCUUUUAGUCUUGUGCCAUCUGCUACGAAGAAGAAGAUUGGCACUUUCAACUGGCGAAAGCAGGACAAACAUUGAGAACGAAAUGCUCAACUUCAUGAAAUCUAAUAGACCUACUGAUCAUGUUGGACUUCAAAAUGAUGGAAAGAUGGGACAUCAGGACCUAAGUGUAUUUAGCUAUGCAUCUGUCUUGGCUGCCACUUCCAAUUUCUCAGAUGAAAACAAGCUUGGAGAAGGGGGCUUUGGACCUGUUUAUAAGGGAAAAUUGGCGACGGGACAAGAAAUCGCUGUGAAGAGGCUUUCGAAAUGUUCAGGGCAAGGAACCGCAGAGUUCAAGAAUGAGUUGAUGCUCAUAUAUGAACUCCAACAUACAAACCUUGUUCAGCUUUUUGGGUUUUGCAUUCAUGAAGAAGAUAGGAUGUUGAUAUAUGAGUACCUGCCAAACAAAAAUCCAAACAGACGUCUACUUCUAGAUUGGAAGAAGCGUUUUGGUAUACUUGAAGGAAUCGCUCAAGGGUUGCUGUACCUGCACAAAUACUCAAGAAAGAAAGUAAUUCACAGAGAUUUAAAAGCAAGUAACAUACUGCUUGAUGAAAAUUUGAAUCCCAAAAUCUCCGAUUUCGGUAUGGCAAGGAUUUUCACCAAUAAUGAAUUGGAAGCAAACACUACCUUUUUCAUUUUCAUUUGGUGCAGUGGUUACAUGCCUCCUGAGUCCAUGGAAGGAAUUGUUUCCGUAAAAUCUGAUGUCUACAGUUUCGGGGUGUUGAUUCUUGAAAUCAUAAGUGGGAGGAGAAACAACAGCUUCUACAAUGAUGAUCGCGCGCUCAGUUUAGUAGGAUACGCAUGGGAGUUAUGGAAAGAAGGUGCAGGACUAGAAUUAAUAGAUCCAACUGUAGGUGAUUCAUGUAUUAGCGAUCAAGUGUUAAGAUGCAUCCAUGUUGGUCUGUUAUGUGUAGAGGAAGAUGCAGCAGAUCGCCCCACCAUGUCAGCUGUAGUAUCUAUGUUGAUAAAUGAAAGCACACCAUUAGCCUUACCUACAAAGCCAGCAUUUUUUGUUGGAAGGAAAUUGGUGGAGGCUGGUGUAGGUGGAAAGCAACCUGAAAUUGCAUCAGUGAAUGACUUGUCGAAUUCCGAUUUUGAUGCACGUUGA